AUGCAGCUCCGUACGCACCUGACUGUUCUCGACAAGGCUGCUGCUCUCUACUCUUCCCGUCCGGUCUUCAAGGUACCGAAGCUCGCCAAGCCUGACUCGGAUGAAGUAGCGGAAUGGAGCGUCAUCUCCUAUGCUCAGUUCCAUGCUGACGUCGAGCGUUACGCAAAGUACUGGACGAAGACGCUCUCCAAGGAUGGCAUAGAGCGUCGGUCCGUCGUGGCAUUAUGGCUCGGUGGCAUGACAUAUAUCGACGUGUUACACAUCUACGGCAUCUUCAAGGCGGGCUAUAUACCCCAACUCUUCUCCCUGCGCUUGCCAAACCCCGAUGUGGUCUCCGAACUCUUGCAGAAGGUAGGAGCGCAAGCCCUCGUCUACGACCCGUCGUAUGAGUCCGCCACACCGACUUUCUCCGUCCCCGUCUACCAAGCUCUGUUCACGGAGCUACCCGAUGUAGAGGACGUUGUCCUCUGCAACGAUUUCAUACCCACGGACGAGGACAUGGCGAUGGUGUUCCACACCUCUGGCUCAACCUCUGGCUCGCCGAAGCUUAUCCGCUGCACGUACAAAUGGCUAGACAACAUCGCGGCGAAGAUGUACCACACCGCCAUCCCCAACGACGAGGCCCGUCAAGACGUAAGCGUGUGGAUGGGGUCCAUGUGCCACAUCGCCCAGACCUGCACCCUCAUCGGGUGGCUCCACCAUGGCGCAUGCGUCGUCCAGCCCACCAAGAUCGCCUUUUCUUCCGACGAGCUGGUGGACAUGAUCACGCGUUGCGGGCUGAACCGCCUCAACCAGUUCGCCUCAUUCCUCGCCGGCCAUCUCAAGCGCUCGCGGCACAACACCAAGCUGCUCGCUCUCCUCCAGGGGUUGGAUGAGGUCGUCUACUCCGGCUUGAUGCUGACACCCGAGGAAGAGACUUGGGCGUACAAGAGCGGCAUCAAGCUCAGGAACCUCUUUGGCAACACGGAGUGCGGUGCGAUGCUCAUCUCCAUCGGCGGCGACGGUCCCGACGCGCGGUUCCUGCGCCCGAUCGAGGGCACGCGCUACGGCUUUUUCCCGCUCGACUCCAACGGCGGCGCGGAGGGCCUCGCGAACGCGAACGCGCAGCUCUUCGAGCUCGUCAUCCUCGCCGAGUCCAGCGACUGCCCCGACCCCGCGCUGCGCGCCGCCGACGGCCAUUACCACACCGGCGACCUCUUCCAGGCCGCGGGCGCGCCCGGCAGUUGGGUCUUCCGCGGCCGCAACGACGACUGGAUCAAGUCCGAGAACUCGCUCCGGUGCGACACGAAGGCGAUCGAGGACAACGUGCGCGCGACGUGCGCGGACCUCGUCGCCGAGUGCAUCGUCGUCGGCAACGGCCGCCCGUCGCCCGCGCUGUUCGUCGAGGCCAAGGCGGACGCGGCGGCGGCGGAGGCGCUCAAGAAGACGGUCCUCCGCCGCAUCCGGCCCUUCCACUCGCGGCGGUACCUCCACGAGCGCGUCAUGACGGCCGAGCUCGUCUUCGUCGUCAAGCCCGGGACGCUCCCUCGUACCGCCACCAAGGGCAACAUCCGCCGGCGGGAGGUCGAGAGCGCGUUUCAGACGCAGCUGGAUGAGGCUUACGGUGUUGGUCGUUAA